UUUCCUACACAAUACUUUAAAGACCUUCUUCAUUUCAGCUUUUUAGCUUACUCUUUCUCCAAAAACAAUGAAACCAUCAUUUCUAUGGCUUUCCCAUUCAAAAUUCCAACUUUUUCUCUCAUUUUAGUUCUUUUUUCAUUCCUGUCUUUUCCCCAUCAAUUUAAUUCCCUUUCCACUCUUUCCAUUUCCUAUACUUCUAAUAACCAAACAUUAGUUUGUGCAUUAGAAGUACCUUCAUCUAAUCAAUCACAAUCAUUCAUAAACUGUACUAGUUUCCCAAGUGGAAUCCAAAUCCCUUUCCCUAAUAAUGUUUCAUACUCUAGCAUUGUGGGUGGGAAUGGAUUCAUUUGUGCAAUGAGAUCACAAUCUCUUAAUACAACCAUUUCAGUCAUGGAAUGUUGGAGAUUCUUAGCUAAUGGGAGUAACAUAUCAAGGAAAAGAAUUUAUCGCGGUCCGGCUUUAAGUGAACUUGAAGGUGGGAAUCACCAUGUUUGUGGGAUUGUAAAUGGGUCUAAUGUUAUUAAUUGUUGGCUAUGGAAUGGAUGGGAAUCAACUUCUACACAAAGUUUUUCAAGCAUUGCUGUUGGUGAGGAUUUUGUUUGUGGGUUAUUAGAUGGGAAUGGUAGUGUAAUUUGCUUAGGAAAUGAUAGUAAUGUUGUGGGACAAGAGCCUAGAAAUGGGAGUUAUAGUUAUAUUGCAGCUGGAUCACGUUAUGCUUGUGCAAUAAGUUUGAAUGGAAGUUUAUAUUGUUGGGGUGAUAGGGUAGGAAGUAAUCAACCUGAGGGAGUUUUCAAGGAUUUAGCAUUAGGAGAUGAUCGGAGCUGCGUUAUGCGUGUUAAUGACACGGUUGUUUGUUGGGGGAACGACGAAUUUAGGAUGCCAACGACGUUGCAGGAGACUCAUUUUACAAGGAUUGUAGCAAAAGGGAGUGUUUUUUGUGGUGUUGUUGCUUCAAAUUUUUCAGUCAUGUGUUGGGGGAAUGACAUACUUGAUAGGAAUCAUAUGGUCUUUAGUAGGGUGAUGCCUGGACCUUGUACUAGUCAUUGUGGUUCUUGUGGUGCUUUACCAGGGUAUGGUAGUUUUUGUGGGCAGGGGAUGAUGGUGUGCCAGCGCUGUGGUCCGAUGGAACCACCAACGCCAUUGUCUCCGGGCUUGGAUUUGGCUCCGACGACUGCGCCUUCGAGGGAUAGUAGUAGUUGGACAGCCAGAAUGGUUGUGUUGCUAGUAGUAGGGUGCUUAGGGUCCCUUUCAUUGGUAGCAUCACUUGCUUUCUUCUUGUGUAGAUACCGUGGAGGUGGGGGAAGUCGAGUGCAUGAUUCGGGACCUAUUGAGCUAGCCGGAAAUCCCCAAGGACCACAACGUGAGCCAGAAGAUCAACAAAGGGCGCCACAGGCAUUGGAGAAACGGUUAAGCCAUAUGUAUAGUAUGGGAAAUGGAGGACACUUAGAAGAGUUUUCCCUAGAGGUGUUGAUUAAAGUGACUGACAACUUCUCCCAAGAGUAUAGAAUAGGAAUAGGGAGUUUUGGAACAGUUUAUCAUGCAAUAUUAGAAGAUGGGAGAGAGGUUGCAAUUAAGCGGGCAGAAAUUUGUGCUCCAACUCCAAUGGGAGUCAAGCGUAAGCAAGAAGAUAAGGAUGUGGCAUUUGUGGCAGAGCUCGAGUUUCUCUCUAGGCUUAACCACAAACAUCUUGUAAGCCUACUAGGGUUUUACGAAGAUGCAAAUGAGAGAAUACUUGUAUAUGAAUACAUGAGUAAUUGCACUCUCCAUGACCAUAUUCACAAGUUGAAGGGGUCAUCUCCACUCACGUCAUGGCCAAACCGGCUUCAAGUGGCCCUAGAUGCAGCCAGGGGAAUCGACUACCUACACGCGUAUGCGGUGCCGCCUAUCAUUCAUCGAGACAUUAAACCUUCUAACAUACUUCUAGAUAGUAAAUGGACCGCAAAGGUAUCAGAUUUUGGGUUGUCAUUGAUGGGACCCAAAGACGGUGAGACUCAUCUCUCCCUUAUUGCUGCCGGUACUUUAGGAUAUGUGGACCCUGAGUACUAUAGACUGCACAUAUUGACUACGAAGAGUGAUGUCUAUAGUUUUGGAGUAGUUCUCUUGGAACUACUUAGUGGGUACAAAGCAAUCCAUACCAAUGAUGAAGGAAUGCCUAGAAACAUUGUGGAUUUUGUGGUGCCGUACAUUAUGCGAGGCGAGAUCCAUAGGGUUUUGGACCCACACGUACCGCCUCCAACACCAUUAGAAAUCGAGGCGGUGCAGUUCAUAGGGUAUCUUGCUGUGGAUUGCGUUGGUAUACGAGGCCGAUGUCGACCGUCCAUGUCAGAAGUUGUUAGUUGCUUGGAGAGGGCCCUGACAGCUUGUUUGGUUCAGCCAACAUUGUCCCCAUCUUCGACUGUGUCCUCACGAUGACCAAUUCCAUCAUGGAAAGUCUAAUUUUUUUUAGGGAGGACUUUUCUACCUUUUGUAAAUCAUAUUCUUUCGUUUGUUAACUUUGUAAAUUUUUUCAAACGUCAACAGGAAUUUUCUAUCCUCCACAAAGAAAAAAAAAACUUCUUCUAAAUUGUCCUAGCUAAAGAAAAUACAAAGAAAUGGACAGGUGCACCCACUAUCUGUAGGUAGAAAAGUAGGAAAAAAAUUAUAAAGAUAUCUCAUGCAAUCAACUAUAUUUGGCGUAUGACUUCUGUAAGGUUGACGUCAACCAUAGACUUUAAAAAACUGGAAUUUUAAAUCCUAAGUCAGUCAUUCAGAUAGUUUUCCACAUUUCAGCGAUUCUUCUACGUCUUAAAAACUUCCAGUAAACCACACUAUGCUACCACUUACCAGUCUAUCCGACUCAGCCCGAGCCAACCCAAGUCGGGCUGCCGGACUUGAUUCUACAGAGCAUGAGACCUUAUUUUGCCUGAAUUGUGGCCAAACCAGUGACACAACCAAAAAAGGCUGAUUUUUGUUGGGUGACGCAGGGCAGCCCGAGAUCAGCUUUAUGCCUUCGCACACGACCUCUGCUAACAAUACUUUCACAAUAGAACAGAGCAAACAUAUUUAAAUUUAUUUAUGGUUCAUAGACAAAAGUAAUAGGAUGCCUGCAAAAUUGUACAAUGGCAUGAAAGCUUUCAUUAUACAAAAGCUACAAUCUUCAGAUCUUCCAUUUGUCUACAAAGGAAACUAAUUUUGGGGAAUUUCUUAUAAAAGCUGCUGAGCUGCUUCUAUAUAUA